ACUACCUAUCCCCAAGUUCAGGUUAUUGCCGGCAACGUAGUAACGCAAGCACAAGCUAAAAAUCUCAUUGAAGCUGGCGCUGAUGCUCUUCGUGUUGGAAUGGGCUCAGGCUCUAUUUGUAUUACCCAAGAAGUAAUGGCCUGCGGUCGUCCACAAGCUACAGCAGUUUAUAAGGUCAGCAAUUAUGCCCGUAAAUUUGGUGUUCCAACAAUUGCUGAUGGUGGCAUCAAUUCUGUCGGUGCGGUUCUUAAGGCUCUUGCUCUUGGUGCUUCAGCUUGUAUGAUGGGCUCUAUGUUAGCUGGAACAACUGAAGCUCCAGGUGAAUACUAUUUCUCCAACGGAGUUCGCGUCAAGAAAUAUCGCGGCAUGGGAUCUAUUGACGCAAUGGAAUCUAAAGACGGCGAAGGUUCUCGACAACGAUAUUUUGCCAGCGAUAAUGAAGAUAUCCGUGUUGCACAAGGUGUAUCUGGAACUAUUGUUGAUAAAGGAUCUGUUCAUCGUUUUGUUCCAUACUUAGUUUCAGGUAUUCGUUAUGGUUGUCAAGAUAUGGGCGUUCGCGAUCUCACCACCUUGAAAACUCGUACAUUUAAUGGAGAACUUCGUUUUGAAAAACGAACUGCAUCGGCACAAAUUGAAGGCGGCGUUCAUGGAUUAUAUUCCUUUGAAAAGAAGCUUUUCUAA